GGUCUGGCACACCCAGUAGAAGACUGGACUCUGUAUUUCCUGGCCCAAAGACGAUCUCAUGAUCUGGGUCCAGGGGCUAACAAUGGUCGAUACCCCAUUACAUGCCAGAGAUCAGCACCUACUGGCUCCAUUUGCAGCUGCCUCCACAAUGACCCUCCGCGCCCCCUGACAGCUGAAGAGGUGGCUAUCUUCUCUCAGGCCGGAUUGCGGCUUCAGUGGUGACGAGACAAAUGGGAGGGGGAGGGAACAACGGGACCGUGGCCAUUUUGAAAGAGAGCAGAGAUCAACAGCCGCUCAGCCCACGAGGGAGCUGGUCAGUGCGUGGUGUCACAGCUGGGUCUCGCUGCGCCGCGCCUUGCGCGCUGGCACCAUCCGAGUGGCCGGGGCCAGCGGUGCGCGGAGCCCGGCUUCGGAAUCGUGCUGCUGCCCGCGCUGGGGGGGAUGUCCAGGCAGCUCAUGCGCAACCCUGCGCGCCUCCUCUUCAGCUGGGCCCUGGGCAGGAACCAGAUGGCAACAGCAGCAGGUGCCUCUGCUAGGGAGACCUCUUCCUCCUCCUCCUCGGCUGCAGCAGGAGCAGGGACACCGGGACACGAAGAGCAGCUGAUAACCCACUUCAGCCAGGUGUCUGGCCCCCUUGUGUCAUCAGAGUGGCACAAAGCUGGUGAGUGUACCAGUGAAUCUGACCGGAAGAUGCAUACAACAGAAUGGAGACUAAAGGAUAGCAUCCUAGUUGGAGAAGUGAUGACGCAGGACCUCUGCUUAUGUUUCCUUCACGAGAUAGAUGCUUUGCCUAGAGAGAAGUCUUCACCCUGCACUGGACAAAAUGAAACUGAUGAAAAAAUGGUAAAUUAUACAGCAGGGAAGAAGAAUGUAGUCACUGAAAGACAUGGAACCAUCAUGACAAUUGGGAUUAACAGGCCAGAAGCCAGGAAUGCUGUGAAUCAGGAGACUGCAGCAAUGCUUCUGCAGGCAUUCACCUCAUUUGAAGAUGAUACCUCACUAACUGUCUCUGUACUUCAUGGAAUAGGAGGUAAUUUCUGCGCUGGUUAUGAUUUGAAAGAGCUGGCCCACAACCCAACCUCAAUAAAAUUGGAACAAGAUGUCACCAAAGGUCCUGGUCCCAUGGGUCCUUCCCGAAUAAAGUUUUCCAAACCAGUGAUUGCUGCAGUAAGUGGAUAUGCAGUGGCCGGGGGUCUUGAGCUCUCUCUUUUGGCUGACCUGCGUGUUGUGGAGCAGAGUGCCAUUUUUGGAGUGUUCUGCAGACGCUUUGGUGUUCCAUUGAUUGAUGGUGGCACUGUACGGCUACCUCGACUGAUUGGUCUCUCACGAGCCUUAGAUCUCAUUCUAACUGGUCGUCCUGUUGGUGCCCAAGAAGCAUAUGAGUUUGGGCUAGCCAAUCGAAUAGUCCCCAAUGGCCAAGCCCUUCAGUGUGCCAUUGAGCUUGCUAAACAAAUCUCUGCCUUUCCUCAACAAUGCAUGCGAGGAGACCGAAGUUCUGCUUAUUACAGUGUCUUUGAUGCCGCCUCAUUCACAGAAGCCCUGCAAUUUGAGUUUGACACCGGUGUGCAAGUGAUUUCCAAAGAGUCUGUCCCUGGUGCUAAAAAGUUCAGCUUAGGGGUGGGACGUGGAGGAAAGUUAUAAAAGUCAAAUAUUUUCUGCGUGUAGAAAAGGUUUACUAAUAAUUAAAACAGUAGAAGUCUACUGAAUUUACAAAAAUAAUGGAAGUCCUGAAAAAAUUAUUAUAUAAAUUCAAAAUUUAUAAUUUACUCUAGGGUACAUAAUCUUGAUGUAUGGGAAGUUGUAUACAUAAUUGUGUUAGCAAGGGUUAUGUACAUACCCUGUGUUAAUAUAUUUUAUAUCUAAAAAUCAUUGUCAUAAUGAAAAAUUUCAAUUUUUAUUGUACUUUUGUUCUGCAGUCCUGAAGUAAAGCUAAUUCUUUUACAUUUUUUUUAUUUGA